AUGUUGGAUGGGGGAACGGGGCGACGGUGGCACCAUAGUGGCCACAGCUUGCAUGAGCGAGUCAGGCAUGUGCUGGUCAUCUUGGUCCUGCUGCCAACUUGCUGUCUCCUCGGUCUCCGAACUAUCCGAUGGCUCACCGGCGCAGGGGUGCGGCGGCACCGUGAUGGUAUGCAAGCCACUGAGGAGGAGGCUGGCAUGCUCUUCGGACUGACACAGGACGGCAAGGUCUUUUUCCGGCCCGACGAGAAAGACACGGCCUUUGUACAGCUGCGUGGGGAGCCUUGCGGCGGCGUUUGGGGGCAGCCGAUCGAUGUAGAUGCUUCGUCUCGUGCAAUCUGGGUGGUAUGCGAGAAGGAGUACAUGACGUCGAAGGGGACGCAGAUGGAGCACUUCCUUUUCGCCAAGUGGGGCUGGUCGACCACCAACAACCACGUAUGGUGGCACAUGAUGAGAGGCGGCAACGUUGUGCAGUUGGAUGCCGACGACGACGCCAUGUGGGGCUUGGACAACGACGGUUACAUCCUCUGGAGACCAGCAGGUGAUGUGGGCAAGCACAGCCGUUGGUUGCGUGUCGAUGGUCCACCUGACAUCGCUUUCAAGCUGAUCGCAGCAGACAACAACGAGGGAGGAACCUGGCUGUGGUGCAUCGACAUGGAAGACCGUGUGUGGCGAAGGUCGCCGGGCGACUACCACCUUACGAACACGCAUGGCAAGUGGACUCAUUAUGACAAUGAGGGCAGAGAGUUCUGGGAGAAGCCUCACGGAUCCGUUUUGAAGGAUCUGAAGGCGAAUCAAGGUUGGGCCAUGGCUGUCGACGACAAGGGGAAUCUGUUGAAACGGAGUAUCGAUGGGAGCUGCUGCGACGAUGGAGAGAACCCGAACAUUUCCCACAUCCGCUGCUGGUGCAUGGAGCCAUUAGCCCCGAGGCUGUCCGCAGUUACCGACAACGGCGACCACGGCCUCGGCUUCUACUUUCCUUCCUUGCAGCAUAAGCAAGACAACGGAUGGUGGGCAGCCACGGCGAACCGGUGGCUUGAGCUUCUGACCAGUCGAGACGAUGGCCACAACGCGGAUAGCCCACACGAAGCCUCUCAGUAUUUCUCCUACCACUGCAAGCCGCAGGAAGUCGACCAUUGCGCUGGCCUUGACGAGAGCAUCUCCGAUUUCCUCCAGGGCUGGAAGAAGGUCUCGCGCACGCCCUGGCAGAAUUGGGAUUGGGCCAAGCUGAAGGACGAGUAUGGCCACUGCAGCGGGUCGAGCACUGUUUGUCAGAGGCCACUCAAGCACUACGGAGCAUUCCGCGAGCGCUUCAUGCAGAAUUUGUUCUGCUGCUCGCGGCAUCUUCAGACAUCGGACGAUGUCGGCUGCGACUCCCCGAUUUGCAAAGCCUACGACAUGACCUGUCCGGGAUCUAGGCUGCUCACCUCUGACUUGGAUUGCACGGUCUACCACUCCAGGGAUCCGGGCACUUUGAUUCAGAACAUGAGCCUCCUUGCUGCAGAACGCUUGGCGACGCAUGUCGGGGUGGAUCGGCCGGAUCUCUCAGUGCUUUUCGAUGUCUCCCUCUACGGGACUUGGACUUGGAUCCCGGACGAAGUGUUUAGCCGCUUUGAUUGGCCGGCCUCCUCCAAGUCGCUCUUCGAACGUGUGGAGGGCAAGGAGGGCGCUGCUGUGUGGGUCUUCCGACGGAAGUGCACGAACUCAGCCCGCCAGGCUAUCUUGAACAAGGUCAAGCGGAUGAUUCACGUCGGGGCCGAGGACAUUACGAGCGAAAACCUGGAUGAGCUGACUGUGGCCUUGCAACGCUUCGUCGGAAACCUCGCAGAAGGCAGCUACGGCUAUGGGCGUUACAUGCGUGAUUGGGAUCGGCUCUACCAGGAUUUCCGUGCGGUGUCCAGCGUUCAACGAGAGGGAUACCUCACCUAUGCAGCUACCCUGGAGGUGGUCGGACGGCAGCAGGUCGGUCUGCCCACGACUUUCGCAGAGGACUACCAGUGCAUGCGGCAGGUCAGCUUUCUCGAGCAGCUGGCUUUCAUCGCUCAGCACAUUCAGGUGGACGUCCCCGACGACAUCUGCGAAAGCACUUUCGACAAGGACAUCACCCGCAUGUUGCUCAAGUCAGGGAAAUACUUCGAUCGUCUCUUGGAGGUGGACGGCCCCGGCUACGACGAGGGUCGCAUCGCCAGGAGUCGGGCUACGACCCAUGGCGACAACUCAGUUCUCUGGCGCGUCCUGGAGACCGUCUACGGCUCGAACCACCUGGGUGCAGUGGUCAACGAUAUGUGCAGCUGGGAUCCAGCCUCAUCUUUGUCCAUGACGACCAGCGCCUUCGAUGAUGCAGAAGUGCGUCGCAGGUCAUGCAUGGACAUCGCCACCUGGGGCAAUGCUGUGCGGCACAUGGACGCCUUCCGCCGAGAUACAGGCAGUGACAUGGAGAGCGGAGACCUCAUCCGUCCCAUGGUUCAAGCACUCUUCACUUGCCUCGUCCACCCAAAUGCCACAACAGAGGGCACCAUCACCGUCAAGGCACGCUGCAGUUUAGCAUUUAGGGGGCUUCUGUUGUGA